AAUAGCAGAUGUUCAUUUUUCAUUUAAUUCACAAAGAAUUAUUUUUUCUUUCGUUUCUUUAUUAUUGUACAUUUUGGCUACAGUCAGUUUUUAGCAAAAUAUAUUUUCUUAUAUAUUUGAAAUCUGUAAAUAAAAAAUGUGUACUGCAGAAACGAUUCUUGGUCGAAAAAAAAGGAAAAGUGUGGAUAGCUGGAAACGCAAUGUUGCAAAAAAAUUACGAAAUGAGGGAAACGAAUAUAUCUCCUUAUUAACUGGGGAAUCUGUUCCUGCAAAAACAUUUAUAACUCCCACUUCUUGUUGCUCGAGGAAAUGUUUCUUGAAAAUUGAAAGCAGAUAUCAGGAGAAGUUAUUUAUUCAAUUUUGGAAACUUGGAGACUAUAAAGUUCAAAAUAUUUUAUUAAGCUCUUUUAUAAAGGAGAAAAAAUUAAUAUGUUUCAAGGCAACGAUGUAG